UAUCUCCUCCCCUCCCCCCACCUCCCUACCCCCGCUCCACCGAAAAUUGGGCCCGUGGUUGCCCAUCGCCUGACAUCUGCAAGCUGCAUGCCCACGAGUGCCCACUUGGAAUUUCCAAUCAGCGAUAGCAGCAAUGACUUCAAAAUGGAGAACUAGUGAAUCUUGGUAUUCUCACCCAGUAUAUGCAAGAUAUUGGCGACAUUAUCAUCAUGCAAUGGUUUGGAUGCGAUCCCACCAGAAUGUUUACAGGAAGUCCAGGAAUUCCUGUUUCACUUCCCCAUGGUUCUACCCUCAAGGAGUUCUUCCCUGGAACCCUGUUGCUUCUGAGGCUGGGCAUCCUUGGAACUAUCAAGGCCAACACGUGGUCUGGCAGGAGCCUCCCUACAGUGUUUCCCAUCUCCAAAGCUCUGGGCAGCCUCUGUAUGAUAGCAGUAGAAUCCAGGCCACCACAAGAGAAGAUGAAGCCCCAUAUGAAGAGGAAGAGAUGGAGUCGGAUUCAGAUAAUGAAAUAGAGUGUGACCUGAGCAAUAUGGAAAUCACGGAGGAGCUCCGCCAGUACUUUGCGGAGACUGAGAGGCACAGAGAAGAGCGGCGGCGACAGCAGCAGCUAGAAGCGGAGCGCCUGGACGACUAUGUAAAUGCCGACCAUGGGCUGUACUACAACCACCACCGGUCCACAGAGCCUCCCUUAGAGAAGCCUGGGGAGCGGCGUCAAGCCGAGAUGAAACGUUUGUAUGGGGACAGUGCUCCCAAGAUCCUGGCCAUGGAGGCUGCUGUGCAGAUGAGCUUUGACAAGUAUUGUGACAAAAAGCAGCCAAAAUACUGGCCUGUCAUUCCUCUGAAGUUCUGAGUCCUUGGCACAGGGACCUUGGGGAAAGCCUCCUGAACACAAUUCCUCCCCUUUCCCUCCUCUGGGUGUGUUCUCUUCAUUUCUCUUGGACGUUUUUCAGAGAAAGAGGCCUAUAUACCAACACAGUGGAUAGGAUCUAUCAGCCACUUAGAAUUCUGUCAGCAGGGGGUACACUGUUGCCAACACAAGAAAUGUCCCCUUUACAUAAAGUGAUAAUCGUAUGUAUUAUACUGGCUCUUGAUUAAUUCCCUAAUAGAGUUCAGUUCAUGGACAUUUUUGCCUAGAGAUACAAUGGUUUGCAUUUGUAAGUUCCUUCUUUAAGCCUUCCUGGUUGUCACAAAAGCCUUAAGCCACAUGUCAUUCUUUUUUUUUUUUGAGACCAGUUCUCAUAUAACCCAAGUUAGCCUCAAACUCUUAAAUCCUCCCUCCUUCCACUUCCCAGCUGCUAGCUUACAGAUGUGCACCCCAUUCUGGGCUCUAAUCCACAUGUUCUCACUAACUGUAACCCUUUGGAUCCCUCUGAAAAUGAUACAAGAGUACAGUAAGGAAAAUGCCACUUGCUAUUCAGCGAGGUGUCAGCCUACAUGCUCUCUAAAAGGCCUGAGAGCAAUGCUCUAGGCUUGGCAGGCCAUGUGCUCUGUCUCUUAACUGCCUAACCCUGACUUUACAGCAUCAAAACAGCCAUGGAUACUGAGUAAACAAAUGAAUUUGACUGUGUUCCAAUAAAACUUUGUAAAAUACAGGCCAUGGACUGGAUCUGAUCUGCAACUGCUGCUAUAACAGAGUGAAAAUCACCCAUCUGACAUUCUUAUUUUGUUUUCUGUCCAGACCUUGGAUGUCAAAAAGAAUUAAUUGAUAGCAAGGAACAGGAAUUCCCCAAUCUUGUCACUUUUGCCACCUCUUGUCAGAAUGCACAGUUGAGCUCUUACUGCAUAUGGUAAAUACCAAUUUGAUAAGCAAGGACAUCUGUGAGAAGGAAACCUAAACAUUGACAGCGCAGUCCAUUUAUAGAAGCCAGCUACUUUUGAAAUAAGUGAUUAACAGUGUAUUGCUGGGGGUGAGCCUGUGUUGACCUGAGAAGAUUAGCACAUCCAUCAAAGGUAGGUGAAAAGAUUUCAGAUCGCUGUGUUUCUCCCGAGGAGCACAUUUAGCUUCCAUCCGGCCUCUACCCUGAGACAAACAUUCCUUUCAGCACCCCCGGGUGUUUAUUUGUUCCAAGUUCUCAUUUUAUUACUUACUGGCUUUGCGAUUUGUGCUGAUUUGUGCUUAGGUACUGUGGACAAAAAUCAGAAUUCACUUGCCCCAAGGUGACACAAUGACUAACAUUCUCAGUGUUCCAUCUUUCUCCCUUUUCUUAGAAACUCCAACACCUAAAUGAUAAUACGAAUGUGACUCAGGCACAAACAAGCCACUUAGUGUCUCAGCAGGAGAUGCUUGGCUGAGAGCACAGCUUUCUCUACCUGCCUCAGAGAUGCUGCCGGGCCAUUCCCCACUACUGGCUUUGUUACCUUCCUCUCUUGGUGCUGCUCUUUCUCUUUGAAAUGUGUGUCAAUGCUUUCCUUUCACUGCUGUUGGGAAGACCAUUGAGCCGUACCUAUAAAACACAGUGCUGGUCACACAGUAAAAAGUAAGUAUUUAUAAUACACAUUCCCUCUUUUGAAAAUGCCAUAAAAUAUCAAGGGGGAUCCAGAAUAUAAAACUUCCAAAUACAGAGAAUUUCUUCCCUGUCCACUUUUGCUUCUGGAUACCUCAUGCCCACCUGUAAUUUGUUCCUAGGACCAUUUGUGAUAGACUGCACACACCUAUUGCUGAUCCAUUUCUCAGUAAAUGGUUGUUGAAUAUAUUGAGUAUCCCUUCCAAUUAGCUGCACCGUAGUCCUUUCCCUUAGGGAACUUGCAUUCUAGGCAGGGACACAAACAUGUACUAUGUUAACUGCUGUGUGUCUGUACUGCUAGAGGCAUCUGUAAAAGCAGAGAGAGAGCUUAGGGCAAGGCAGUGGUAAUAUUUGCACCAUAGUAAACUAUGCCCAUGUUCAGAGAGUUUGGAACAAGGGGAAGACUUAAGGUGAAAAAGAAGAGGGUCAAGUCAGCUAUUUUGAAACAAUAUCCUCUGCCACAAUGACUAAUAACCAAACUUAUGUCAAAGUUGAAGAAACAUUGCUUUGUAGAGGUUAGCAUAAGGGGUUCCAUUUUGAUGCUGACAGCUUUAGUUGUUUCUGCUCGCAGCAAGCUCCCAAACUGACACCAUCCUAGAGCUACCAAGAGUUGUUUCAUUAGAUCAAGAGAUGAUCUUAUUAUAUAGGGAAGUCCAAGGGAUUUAAGAACUCCAUACCAUGAAAAUCAAAAGCCAAGUAUUAGAAUUAAUAUUCUCUUAGAGCCGUUUUCUACCAUAGUUUCAGGAGUUCAUUUGGGAACCAGGUGCAGAGACUAAUACGUAUUGCGUAUCAUACCACAAGGCCAGAUAUGUAACUCAGUUGUGAGAUUGCUUGCCUAGCAUGCACGAAGCCCGUGGUCCUAUCCCCAACACUCCAUAAACAAGGUGUGGUAGUGUGCACCUGUAACCCCAGCGCUGGGGAGGUAGAGGUAAAGGCAGAAGGGUCAGGAGUUCAAGGUCAUCCUCAGCUACUUAAUAAGUGUGAAACAAGCCUUGGCUAUAUGAAACCUUGUCUCAAAGAACAAAAACCAAUAAAUCUUAGCGCAACGUGAAAGCAUAUAGAGUAUUUCCAAGCCUAUUAUGGAUUACCCCACAGCUAAUCAGAACCAUGGUAAUUCAAAUAGCAUAACAUUUCACACCUUUCAGAUAGGCAAAUGUAUGGCCAGGCAGUAGAAAGUCGGAAACUCCCACCAAGGAGUAUAGAACCAUCUAUUACUGCUGUGAUGAAACACCAUGACCAAAAGCAAGGAGGAGGAAAAGGUUUAUUUAGCUUACUUUGUUCAUCACUGAUGGAAGAAGUCAGGACA